AUGACUUGCUGGGAUGAUAUGCCAUUUGAAAUGAAACUCGAAGUUUUCAAAUACUUGAAUAAAAAUGAUCGGUAAAUAAAAAAAACAACGAGACUCCGCGUUGACGACAACUUUUGCAGAUGGAAAUUCGCAAAAUGCUCAUUCACGUGUUUUCAAGAAGUUGUUGGCCAAGAAAAAUACAUCGAAUCAUUGGACGUUGAGGGCAAAAUCACAAUUUUCAUCAUCAAAAUCGAUCAAAGUUUCGUAAUAACAUUCAAACAAAUUGGUAAUUCUUGCGAAAUUGAGCACCCAUGGCGAGUUUAAAUAUAGAACAAUUGGAGAAAGUGAAAAUAUGACUCGGAGGCUUUUUAGCAGAUAUUAUGGUUAACUCAGGAAAUAAUCUAUGGAAUUUGAGGCUUUGUAGGGUUCCUUUUUAUUAUUCACUUGAAUCCUACCCACGUCUCAAUACUUUGGAUAUCACUACCAGUUCCAAAGAUCAAUUAUAUUCUUGUAUUGGGAUGAAAUCUUUGAAAAAUCUAUAUGUAAACCUGGAAAUACCUGAUUAUUGGGAUCUAGAUUACGAUCUUAUGGAGGAGGUAUUUGAGAAGUUAGAUGUUCUCCGCAUCAAUCUAAUAUUCAAUAACAAUCAAUUCAUCAAAUUAACCCAACAUCUUAAAUCAAUUGAAUGUGAUGCUAGAAAUAUCGAUCCAUCAAUACUUGCUCAAAUUGUUCUGGAGUCAAUGAGAUCACAUGUUCGCUUAGAAUUGUCGCUGAGAAAUGUUGAUGUUGAAAUUUUGAAUUCUUUGAAGUUGGUUCCACGAUUUUCGAUAUAUCGAUCUAUUUCAUAUAAUUAG